GGGAAGACAGGGUUACAUUGAGUUCGCCUUUCACCUGAAAAGAAAUGGGCAUUAACUUGGCCCUUACCCCAUGGCUUGGAGGAGUCUUGGGUGAUUAGAGAGAGAGGGGAGCCUUGAUAAAGCAUUAGUGUGUGACACACGCACACGCGCGUGCAGCCUGAAGACCCCUCUGUGCAUUUGCACACAUUCAUUUUUCAUGAAACAGACUCAUAACAAUUAGUCUGGUUACCGCCUGGGUAAUCUUAGCGUCCCUGUAAUGCCUGUGGUCUGCUGUAUGACAUCACUGUCUUAAAAGUUCUAAAUCUGACAUUCUCAUCCGUUUUCAUAGUGAGGACAUUAGCAGGCCUUGGCUAAUAGGCUCGCGCUCGUUCCAGGCAAAAGAAGGGUAAUAAAGUGAGGGGGCAGGAGAGAGAGAGAGAAAGAAAAAAAAACGAGACUGGACCGCUCAGAGAAAUAGGUUUUAUCCACCACAGUUUUUACACAAAUUAAUUUACAUGAGCAAGAGGAGAAAAUGUAACAAUGUAAUCCAGCAUGCUUUGCCAAUGCAUAGCCUAUUUCUCGCUACAAGCAUCAUAGAAAGCCAAGUGAACGUUUAUGCAUUACUUCAGCAAAUAUGUUACACUAACAACCGUAGCUAAGUGCUUAGGAAUUUGAUCACUACACCAUGCCAGGAGCUAAAUCAAGACUUUUGGCCACACAGUUUCCUACUGGAACGAAAUGAUAGCCUUGUAAGCGGCUUCAAAGCAUUUGUCCGCUGCAGAAAAAGUGAAAUGCAUUCCCCUAUAGAUACUCUACCUUCCCAGCAUCCCCCCAGUGUUUAGUCCCCUGCCCUAAACACCCUCAUCCUAUCCCUAGACACCAAAGUCAAGGUCAAGAAGAAAGUGCAGCCUUCCUCUGUCUAUAGGCUAUUCCCUGGAUGCCCGCACCUCAGUAUGGCUGAGACACGUAUGCUUCGGGAAUGUUCCCUCCUCCUUUAUUGUGACCAUCAGUCUGAAGGUCAGCUCCUAGAGAGAGCAGGUUUGGAAAGCGAGGACAACCAAAAAAGGACAGCUGGAAGCUCGGGUCCAGAAACCGAUGCUGAGCUUCAGAACCCAGUAUUGCGUAUCAGCCAGUUGGAUGCCCUCGAGCUGGACUCGGCCCUCGAGCAGCUGGUGUGGACUCAUUUCUCGCAGUGCUUCCAGAACUGCCGGCCUGGCCUGCUCACCCCUCUGGAGCCCGAACUGAGGGCUCUGCUCCAGCUGCUCCUGUGGAGGUUCACACUGUAUUCCAGCAGCGCCACUGUGGGCCAGUCUUUACUGAGCCUGCGCUAUCAUAGCACUCUUUCUUCCUCUUCCCGUUACAGACCUCUGUCCCGCAGGCAGAAGGUGGGUCUUGCCCUACUAACCGCAGGCCCCCGCUGGCUCCAGGAGCGUUCCCAUAGCCUGCUGCUGUACUUGGGUUUGAGUUCAGGAGGCCCCACAUCUGAAAGAGAUGGUGGUUUGCUCCAACAGGGUCUCCGUACUUGCCUGACCUUUGUUUCUAGUAUUGCCCAGCUGGCAAGUCUUAUGAACUUUCUUGUGUUCCUAAGGAAAGGUCGCCAUCCUGUCCUGGCUGAAAGGAUCGUGGGAGCUCAGGCACUUUUUAGCAAGCCCAACGUGGUCCGGGACAUAACCUACCAGUACAUGAACCGGGAGCUGCUGUGGCACGGCUUUGCUGAGUUCCUCAUCUUCCUGUUACCACUGAUCAAUACAAGGAAACUGAAGGCAACUGUGUCUUCGUUUGUCUUUGGGGGAGACACAGCCGACAGGGAAGGAAUGAGAGAUGGGCAAGGGGCAUGGAAAGAGUGCGGACUGUGCGGGGAGUGGCCGACCAUGCCUCAUACAGUGGGCUGCCAACAUGUUUUCUGCUACUACUGCAUCAAAAGCCACAGCAUUGCAGAUGCCUACCUCACCUGUCCCAAAUGUGGUGCAGAAGCUGGGGAGCCUAUGCCAGUCAAGUUGGAGGUGGAGAUGAUAGGCAGGUGAUGAUAUAAAGAAGCAGCUAUGACUGAGUUUAUUUUGAAAUAGCAUGGAAAACCCACCGUUUUAUUGAAAUUAAAACAGUAGGUUAAUAAUUUUAUAGCGGUACAAAUUGAAUACACAUACAGAUUUUAGAAGUUUACAAUAUUUUGAUCAAUUCAUCACUGAAUUAUAUUAAAACAUGAAAAAAAGGGUUUAACAAUACUUGUUCUGUGAGCAGGCCUCCUUGUUGAAAGAUUCACAAGGAAGUCAUGUAUAAGUUUAUGACUGGACUUCAGUCUUUAUGAUGUCUGUGUCUUUUCUGAACACACAUCGACCUGCUAUGUUUAAUGUAUGUGUGCAUAUAUUGACAGUCUCCUGCCCCUUCCGUUUCUCCAGCUGGACUUUGGACAAAACUAUUUGUCUUUGGUGCACUGGACAGACUACAGAGAACCACACAGAGCAUAUAUUUGAUGAGUGAACAUGUUGAUUUAUGCUCCAAAUUGGCUCUGUGUGAGUGUGUGUGUAUGUGUAUGUGUGUGUUUGUUGAAAUGGGAAUAUUUGUUCUGAUGAAAAAUGCAGAAAGUCAGCUGAAUAAAUAAUGGGAGGAAUUUCUGAUGCCUCUCAUCAUUGCCAAAUUAGCAUUUGUUGUGUAUUUUGUGCCUAAAUUGUAUUUCAACAUCAUUAAAAUUG